AUGAACUGGAUAGCUUUCAACUACCUCACCACAGCCAUCUUCCUCCUCCUCCUUCCGGCGUGCGUAGCUGAUGACCAGCUUGUCCCCGGCAAACCUCUGUCCAUUGGCUCCACCGUCGUUUCGAACGGCGGCGCCUUCGCCUUAGGAUUCUUCUCCCCGACCAACUCCACCUCGUCCAAUCUCUACCUUGGCAUUUGGUACAACGACAUCUCGCCGCUCACCUUGGUCUGGGUUGCCAACCGAGGAACUCCGGUGAAGGACGGCGGCCAUGGCAGCUCUUCCUCUGCACCGUCGCUCACCCUGUCAAACUCCUCUGGCCUCGUCUUGGCCGACGGCGACGGCCGCGUUCUUUGGACUACGGACAUCACCAUUAUUGCGGCGAAUUCUCCGGCGGUUGCAGUGCUGAUGAACACCGGCAACCUCGUCGUCCGGUCGCCGAACGGCGCCACGCUGUGGCAGAGCUUCGACCACCCGACGGACACGUACCUCCCCGGCAUGAAGAUAGGGAUCAACUACAGGACGCGAGUCGGCGAGCGCCUCCUCUCCUGGAACGACGGCCCCGGCGAUCCAUCGCCGGGGAGCUUCUCGUUCGGCGGCGACCCGGACACGUUCCUCCAGCUCUUCAUCUGGAACCAGUCACGCCCGUACUGGCGCUCCCCGGUUUGGACAGGCAACCCGAUCCCCAGCCAGCUGAUGGUCAACGGCACCACCGUGAUCUACCUGUCCGUCGUCGACGCCGACGACGAGAUCUACCUCUCCUUCGGCAUCUCCGACCGGGCGCCGCGCACGCGGUACGUGCUAACAAACUCCGGCAAGCUCCAAGUCCUCUCAUGGGACGGCGGCGACGGCGCGUCGGAGUGGAGCAAGCUCGGCGAGCUGCCGAAAUACGAGUGCGAACACUACGGCUACUGCGGGCCAUACGGUUACUGCUACUAUUCGGAGGUGGCUCCGACAUGCGAGUGCCUCGAUGGGUUUGAGCCGAGGAGCAAGGAGGAGUGGAGCAACGGCCGUUUCUCGCGGGGAUGCCGGCGAACGGAGGAGCUGCCCUGCGGCGGCGACGGUGGCGACGCCGUCUUCUUGGAGAUGCAGGGGAUGCAGUUGCCGGACAAGUUCGUGCGCGUCAGGAACAAGACGUUCCACGAGUGCGCGGCGGAGUGCGCCGGUGACUGCUCCUGCACGGCGUACGCGUAUGCCAACCUGGGUGGUAGCGGCAGCGCAAGGAAGGACGCGACGAGGUGCUUGGUGUGGCUGGGAGAGCUGAUCGACACACAGAAAGUUGGCCCGGAUUGGGUGCCUUGGGGCAUAGUUGGUGGUGAGACGCUUUAUCUCAAAGCUGCAGGUUUCACAGAGUUGCUUGACAUCACCCGCUGA